AUGUCGCUCUAUGAAGUAUCUGAUGGUAUUCUGGAGACCCAUGUGACGUGGCAAGAUGUGGAAUCGGAUCUUCAGAAGAAACUUGGAACGAAUGCGACGUUUGGAGAGAAUAAGACGGCGGUUAAUAUAAGUGAUAUGAAGGGGUUCAUGUCUCGAAUCGCUUUAGUGGAACCUGACUGGCAGAAUGUUGAAGAGGGAAAGGAGUUACCUCAGAAGUUUGCGCUCAAGAUUUCAUCCCAGCUCGCUCUAAUCACACUUUCGAAAAUGAUGAAUUUCGAAGGGGGUGAAGGGUUUGGUGCAGAGAAAUUGGCAAAGUUUUCGACAUUGACAAGAGAGUGUCAUAAUCGGGAAGUGGAAAUUUAUAAACAACUGAUUAAAUUCAACCAUCCGGAUAUUCCAUAUACUAAGGUCUACUCAUUGAAACCGUUUGACGACAAUGAGGAUCUAAAGGGAUACAUGAUUCUGGAAUUCAUUCCCAACAUCCACACUUUGGAAAUGUAUCAGUCUAUUCCCGCAGACGACCUCCUCCCACUUGUCCGUGGAAUCGCCACGUUCUCAGCUCUCGCUGAAUCUCUGUCUCCAGAAGAGACAAAGUUGGUGAUAGAUCGAGAUUAUCUGGAAUUGAUGUUCAAGGAGUUCUUCAAUGAAACUGAAUUGACCAAAAAGUUUGAAAAUAUCCGUAAACUUUUUGAAGAGGACCACCCAGAGAAUGCAAAGAAGUUAAUUGAAGCCUUCCAACAUUAUAAGGAACUCGUUCCAAGAUACACCAAGAUUUCUGAAAUCCUAGGGUUCAAACUAGUUUUGAAUCAUGGUGAUCUAUGGCAGUCGAACAUGAUCUACAGUAAGAAUAAAGAUGGAGAAUUGGAGUUGAAGGCUAUGAUUGAUUGGCAAGCAGUUGCAAGAAUGCCACCAGGAUUAGAUCUUUCUAGACUUCUCUUGGGAUGUCUAUCGGUGAAAGACCGUCGGGAGAGAGGUCAAGAGCUUUUGAAAUGCUAUCAUGAGACUUUCAAAAGUGUGCAUGGAAAGGAAUUGUUCUCGUUUCAUGAGCUCCAAGACUGCUACAACCUGUACGCUCCAAUGAUGGGUAUGCUGUUGGUCCCAGAACUUUAUAUGUUUAUUGAUAGCGUAAAGAUUUUGGAGGAGGAGAAGGUGGCGGCUCGAAAAGAAGCUAGAGCGAAGAUAGUGGCGAUAAUGGAGGAUGUGAUUGAGAUUCAUGAGCAGAAUUUGAAGAAUUACGAGGAUUUUAUGAGGAUUUGA